AUGGGAUCAGUAUUUUUGCCCCAUUUACAUACGGGCUGGCAUGUGGACCAAGCAAUCCUUUCUGAGGAUGAGAGAUUGGUAAUAGUACGCUUUGGUCGUGAUUAUGAACGUGAGUGUAUGAUCAUGGAUGAGCUUCUCUUUGGAAUUGCAGAAAAGGUUAAAAACUUUGCAGCUAUUUAUCUCUGUGAUAUAGAUGAAGUGCCAGAUUUCAAUAACAUGUAUGAACUAUUUGAUCCGUGUACCGUGAUGUUUUUCUAUAGAAAUAAACAUAUGAUGUGUGACUUUGGGACGGGGAAUAAUAACAAAUUAAAUUUCUUGGUUGGUGAUAAACAAGAACUAAUAGAUAUUAUAGAAACUAUAUAUAGAGGUGCUAGAAAGGGGAAAGGUUUGGUGGUAAGUCCAAAAGAUUACAGUGCCAAACACUAG